CACAAGCCUACAGCAAACAGAAGACUCAACAGUGACAGUGUGCGGUUGACAUGGACAGUCACAGGUUUCCAUAGUGACAUCUGGCGGUCAGAUUAUGUCACUCACCUUUGAGGGAGAUGGAAAUUUCACCACCUGUAUUUUCUGUUGCAGUUCAUGGGACCUGUAGUUUGAAAACAAGAAAAGCUUUUCUCUUCCAAACAGAAACUGAAAACUGCAGAGCAAAAAAUUAUUUCAUAACACAUGUGGGGCACGUGCAGCCAGCUUUAUCUUUACAGUGAGGUGCUGUACUAAAGUUUGACUCCUUGUUUAUCACCACUGUGUUUCCCCACAGUUUUAUACACCUGAAGUUUAUUGUAGAUUUACUGUGCGCUAUUUCUCCUCCCUGAGGCAUGGGAGAAGCCCGGGGCCCGAGUCUACACACGUAUUGAGGGACAAGCCUUUCCUGAAAUAAGCCUUAAUUAACUGUAAAUAACUCGCAACAUGGGUCGACGGCAGCACUUGGCUCCGCAUCUGCAUUUGAAUGGGAGGCAGCAGUGUAAAGCUUAUGCGUAAACACUGCUUAUCACAACACCAUUAUGCAUGGCUCGGUUGGUAAAUCUUUAGUCUGUUGAGAGUCUCGGAUGUUGUUGAGCCUCCAAGAUGCGUCCAAGUAAAUGUUAGUUAGAGGACUUUACGGGCUUGCCAACUGUUUAUGCGCUCCGGUGCAGGCCCGAGGAGAGGCUUACUGGAGGUUUCUGUGGGGAGAAGAGGGAGCCAGACAGGCGACAGUCAGCGCUGUCUUGGCCUCAGGGCAGAGGCAGGGAGCGAGCAGGCGAACCAAUGAGAAGGAGACAUCCACUCCCCUCAGUCCUGCCCGGCUUGGCUCAGCUCGGCGCGCCCUGUAAUUAGGAGCUCUAGUUGGGUUGGGCGCCGCCACGGUGGACAGCCUGGCUGCUGCGUCAAGGGAGUUUGGGAACGCCAACUCCAGACUGCGUGUGGAUUUCUGAACACUCCUGGUUUCCAGUUUAGAGCAAACACUAGAGGAAAAACUCCUGAGAAUGAACGGGCAGCCCUCACCUGUCUUCGAGGAGAAGAAACCUUCGCUCCCCGUGGCUGGGAGCUCCAUCUCGGCCACCAAGGAUUCCCCGACCCUGCCGGAGUCCUCAUCCACAGACAUGGGCUUCUACAGCGGCCAGAGCGCGCUCCACGGUUCGCAGGAUUUCUACCAGGCACAGCAGCCGUACUCAGCUCAGCACAUGAACCCGUACGCAUACCACCACUAUAACCUGAACGGGAUGGGUCCCGGCGGCGCGUACCCAGUGGGCAAAGCAGAAUACCCGUACCCUCAUGCAACGUACAGAGAGCACGGUGCCUUCAGCAGGGAGGUGCAGGCAGUGAUGCAGGACACUGUGAAAGAAGAACCAGACAUGGAGGUCCGGAUGGUCAAUGGGAAGCCCAAGAAGGUGCGCAAGCCCCGGACCAUCUACUCCAGCUACCAGCUGGCAGUCCUGCAGAGGAGAUUCCAGUCGGCCCAGUACCUGGCCCUGCCGGAGCGGGCUGAGCUGGCUGCACAGCUGGGCCUCACACAGACACAGGUCAAAAUUUGGUUCCAGAACCGUCGCUCCAAGUUUAAGAAGCUCUACAAGAACGGAGAGUUUCCACUCGGGGAAAUUCCUCUUGAACACAGUCCGGACGCUAGCGACUCCAUGGCCUGUAACUCCCCUCCAUCGCCAGCUGUGUGGGAAAACGGCAACAACAGCAACAACACCAGCAACAACACCACCAGCAGCGGCAACACAAACAGCAGCGGCAGCAUCAAGAAUAAUGCAAUGCUGGAUCCCACCAGCAGGGGGCAGGGCUCAUAUCAGCCUCCAGUUGAUUCCUCGCCCACCUACAUGGGGGAGUACACACACCAGAACUGGUACCACCAGCAGGGUGCACAUUUAGGUCUACCAGCGGGGGGCCCGACGCACCAUACGCCAUCGACAGCACCAUCAGCCGCACAGAGCAUGGGAGCCGUUUACUGAAACAUGUUCUUGAAGUGCUGCUGUGACCAAGAAACACCUGACAGUGGUCAUCAGACACGAGUCAUGACUGUAAAACCUGACACAUGUUGUAAAACAGGCUUUUCUGCUGUAGAAGUGGACUGAAAAUAAGUGCUGGUCUCAGUCACCCUGUUGUCCUCAUCUCCGAACUUUAGAAACUCAUAACAUCGAGGUUGUAACAGAGCUUAGGGUGCUGGGGCUGAUACUGACAUUUGUAUUUGAAGUCACUGAUAAUAUUUUGUAUAUUUAAUAUUUUAAAUAUGACCAAAUCUUCCUUCUGAAAAAGGCCUUUGACACAGCAUUUUGACAGUAAAACUGAAUACUACUGAAAUUCUAAAGACACCAUCACAGGAAACUGUAACAUACAUCGGGCUUUAAAUUUAGAAAACGGGACCAUUUGAUGUGGCUAGUUAAAGGUGGACAAGAGUGAAAGGCUGAUAACCUUAUAAAAUAAAAAAUCGAUAUCAGCCCAACUGGAGACUCAAAUGAACCAUGAGAGGGUUUUUUCUUGAUAGCAAAAUUUAAAUUCAGUCAGUUUCCACUAGGAUGAACAUCAUGGACUGAAGAACACAACCAAACAAUAUUUAUGUCCAUAUACUUUUUUUGUGUGAAUUUUUUUAUUUUUUCUUUGUUGACAACACAUGGCUGUGACAGGCAAAAGUAAAACUGUGUGUGAAAGUGAAGAGCUCCAACCUGUGAGCUCAGUGUUGAGGCGAGGCUGGGAUUAAAAACAACAAUGGGCACGAACGUCACAUAGAGCCAAGUUAAACCCUGGGUUUACAGUUGAACUUUUAAUUUCAUGUCAUCUAGAUUAGGGUUGAAUAGAGCAAACAUGGCUGCCAUAUUUUUCCUGCUUGUGUGUUUUUGUGUCCUGAGUCUGCAGCUUAGUUCUUGGUACACGUACUAAUCCAGGAUACUAUAAUUAUUAUGACUUUGUAAGGGGGGAACUCCACUGGUUUUACACAUCAGUCUGUUUGCAUGUGUCGGGGAGUUCUACUGCACUGUUUUUUUUUUUUUAAACUGUCCACUGUUACAGGAGUGUGAGGGGCCUUUAAAAGCAGAUUCCACAUGCACAAAGGUGUUCACACUCAGUUCUUCUCUCCCGCCUGAGCUGAUGUUUUAUAGUCAGUGUGAAAGUCAGACCACAUGGACCCCAAUUGGAUCCAAGGGCAAGUGAUGUGAAUUUGACGACUUGUGUGUAAUUAGUCGGUGUCGCUACGAGAGUUUCUCCAAAUAUCAUCAGGCAGCAGUUUGGCUCAACCAGUUUUGGGAUGAAGCACAAUGACGCAGUGAUGGAAACAAAGCAGAACCAACUCAUCUGAUUUAUAAAGAUAAUCUUGGUAAAAACUUAUAGGUGUAUGUCAAACCAGGCAUGCGUUCAAAAUGUGAUGUAACUGUUAUUAUGUUAUGCAGCAUUGUUAGGCCCCUUUGGUUUGAGAUGACAUCCUCAAAUAUCUCAUCAAAGAGUAAAAGUUAUAUCUGUGAUCAAUGUGAUCACCGUAAACUACUUGGCCUGUGCUACUCCCUCUCCUCAGUGAUUAUAGAAACCUAUCAGCGAUCCAUCCAGACAACUAUUAUUCCCACCCCCCAAAAAAAUUAUAAUAUCAUAUUUGAUGGAUUCUUUCUUUGUUUUUAUGUUUUCUUUAAAGUUCAAGGUCCCUGCAGGGAUUUAAAGUGUCCACAGAAAUGCCUUUUACACUUCAUGUCGCUACUUUUUAAUGCAUGUUUUCUGUUAAAACUGUAUAAUAUUUGACCCUAAACUGAGGUAACCUUAAUGAUGUCAGUAUGAAAUCAUCAGGGUAAUUUUCUCAGGCCUAACAAAGACAUUACAUAACUGUUUACACAAGCUGUGUAAGACUCCCCAUGUCGAGUAAUCUGAUCUUUAAGUGUGAAAUUGUUUGAAGUGGCCCUUUAAUUCCUUCUCACAGACACUACACGGUCCUAUAAAACGUCUAUAAGAAUCACUAUCAAUAAUAAAUGAUAGUGCUAGUUGGUGCUUCAACAUCUGAAAAAUAAGUUGCAUAUAUUGUAUUAACAUGCUGUACUCAGGUUUUUUAUUUAUGGAGUCAACUGUAGAUCAAAAGUGGUGCAACACACAUUUGUUUUUCAGAAUAAAAUGUCUCUAUUUGAA